GUGUGUACAGAGGCCACGUUGCCUCCUCUCAGACACAGGCCACACCCCUUCACUUGACUCAGAGGCCACGCCUCCAUAUCUCACACACACUGAGGCCACGCCUCCGUAUCUCACACACACUGAGGCCACGCCUCCGUAUCUCACACACACUGAGGCCACGCCUCCGUAUCUCACACACACUGAGGCCACGUCUCCGUCACUCACGCACACUUAGGCCAUGCCUCUGUCACUCACGCGCACGGAGGCCACGCCUCCGUCACUCAGACACAGGCCACACCCCUUCACUUGACUCAGAGGCCACGUCUCCGUCACUCACGCGCACGGAGGCCACGUCUCAGUCUCUCAUGCAAACGGAGGCCACACCUCUUUCGCUCAGAUUGACAGGGGCCGCGCCUCCUUGACUCAGACUGACACAGAGGCCACGCCUCCUUCACUGAGACUUAUGACUGUAUUGUUAAUAUUAAGACCAGAUUGUCAGGAUAAACACGCUGCCUCAUGUUAUUUUGGAGCAUACAGCCUGAGAAGCAGCUCAACCAGGUCUGUUUUAUUCGUACUCAUUUUUAGCUUGUUUUUUUAGCUGACCUGUUUCAGCUUCUCAUCUCUCUCUCUCUCUCUCUCUCUCUCGCUCUCUCUGUCUUUCAUCCCUCCCUCCCUCAUCUAACGUCUGUUUCUGGGCCUCCUAACCAGGCCACUGCUACGCUGCAACACUGCUGGAUCUGCACCCGCUGUCCCGAAUAGAUCACAUCACAGAUGCAGCAUUUUUUUCCCUUUCAUUAUUUCCAUCUCUGAGAGAUUACAGCAAUAAAAGCCAGUCAGUUGCAUCUUUUCAAACUGUUGCUUAUGUAGCAUCACACUUGGAGGAAAGUGCCAUUUGCCCUUUUCCACAUACACAACCUCACAGGCACCCGUGAUUGGCUAGUGGUGCUCUGAUUGACAUGGGAUAGACAAUAAGCCCCUCCCACCUAGAGAGCCCAGCCACUGGAUGACUCCGGCAUCGUUGGGAUUCAUAAUCGUAAUUUUCGCGUUUUUUGUUGCGCCUCUGCGUGGCAUCCCAGAUAACGUGGACCACCAAAUUUCAACCAAUCAGAGCCAGGAGGUGUGUCUACUCUCCUGAACUGGUAUUCAGAUUACUGAAAAUUACGGACAGAUUACGAUCUAUCCAUUGAAUAAGGAGGUUGGGUAGUAAACAGGAAGUUGUAAUAGUAAGCAGGAAGUGGUAGAACUUUUAAGCUUUGCUGAUAUGAAUCUGCAGUUAUUUUAACCUUUUCAUUGAUCAAAUAGUUGAUGUGUUGACGGAGGAAAAUGAGAAAUGUUUCCACGUGGAUUUUUCAGCUUCUUUUCGAUUUCUUAUAAAUUCAGAGUGGGGCUCUUGCUAGCCCAGCAUGCUAAUGAAAACAGAAGCUGUUCCACAUUCCUGUUGCUUUCAGAGAAAACGCUUUUCUAUGAAAAGGUCACAAUUUAUCAAGGAAAAUCAACACAAAAGAGAUGAGAAGACUUUUGUUUUUUAUUUACAAAUAACUAAUCGGGCUCCAUGUGUUGUGUUUGAAGCGCUGAUUCAUGGUUAUUUUUCUGAGAAGUUCUGACCCGAUACUGACUCGGCUCACAUCAUUUCUCACAUCGUAGCUCUCUUUAGACUGAACUCGUGAAUCCAGGACAGUGAAGUAGGACCUCGCUGCUCUAAUUAACCAUCUACAUUCAGUAACAAACUUUUCUGAAACAGUUUGGGUUGGGUUUCUGAAUUCCGAUAAGUCUGUAGGCUCGGUUCAUUCCUGCAUCUUAGAAACAUUUACGCUAACUGCUUGUAACUGUGUUCCAGAAGGUUCUUAUCCGAGUAGAAGUGGCUUCUUAGCCGUGAUCUGUUUCUGUCUGUUGACAGAUCUUCUUCUGAAACAGGAAGUCAGCGUGACUGCGUGACAGACAGUAGUGUGUCUUCCACCAAUGCCCCGCCCCCUCCCCCACGCCAAAUCUAAACAAAUCUGGAUAUAGCUUAGUGAUGAGAGAUUAAAAAGGAGGAGGAGCCUUGAUGGCGUAUAAAGAAAGAAUUGCGAUUUCGCUCAAUCUGAAGGUGCGUUCACACCAGCGAGCGACAAAGCGAAAGGCGACUGUUCAUAUACGAUUUUCUACAUAUGCACACAAAACACAGAGCUGCAAUUUGAGUGACAGGGCGACACUUGAGUCAAAAUAUUCUCAACUGGAUGCAAAUUUGGCAUGACGCCAUAAAAGGAACCAAUCCACAGCAUUGAGAUCAUUAGUGCCUCUGGUGAAGUAGCUAGUACAGUUAGCUCACGCCGCUAAUCUGCUAAUAUUUACAAAGCCUGGCAUGUUAACAGGCAAAUCAAACAACCAAUUUUACCUCUUUUUUUCAAUGUAUUAAAAUAUUAGAAUUUAUUUUAAAUACAUUUUAAAGAUAAAUAAAUCGUAUAAAACAAGACGCGCCUCCUGUGGGCGGGGCAUAUACGUUUCUCCAGAGCAUUUUAUUGGACCGCCACAAAAUUUUUUAUCGUUUUUGCCACAAGUGUCAAAUUAUAAAAUAAAAAAGAAAAUAUCAGCCAAAAUAUAUUUUUCCACCAAUAUGUUUUUGUAGGUUGAGCAACCAUUACACACGUUUUGAAUCCGUUACUAUAGAAACGAUGACUUCAGAACGAGCUCGUUAAUAUAAAUUUGCAUCUGUGCUGCUGUCAGAAAAUAAAUCAACAAAUUUUGACUUGUAUGCAAGAUGAGCAUUUUUACAUCGUGAAUUGCUUAGAAGCACAAGCUGUAAACAUUCCUCCUCCUCCUUUUUUUUUUUUUUUUCGCUCUCUGUUGCACAUCUGUUUGCUCUGUGUGUGUGUGUGUGUGUGUGUGUUUGUGUGUGUGUGUGAGAGAGAGAGUGAGAGAGAGAGUGAGAGAGAGAACAUGUGUAAGGGAUAGAGGAAAGCAUUUGGCAGUAAUAAGGCAAUGAUGUGGCUUGUCCAGGCGGGAGGAUUAAAACCAUUUUCCCUCUUGAGGAUGACGAUGAGAACGGAGGUGGAGACACCCUUACACACACGCUGGUGCACGCAGACGCACACACACACACACACACACACACACACACACAAGAUGUUAAAUCCUCGUGCUCUAAAUGGCUAUAAAUUGAAAAUAUUAUAUAACUGUCACCAGGCAUUGUAAAAUACACUGGAUCUGGACAGCUGAUCACUGUGUGUUGUGGAUAGAUAGUCAAGUGUGUGUGUAUGAUUGAGGUGUGUGUGUGGGAGAAAGGGAGAGAGAGAGAGAGAGAGAGAGAGCGCGAGAGGGGAAGGCAGGGGAGGAGGGGGAGAGCUCUGCCAUCUGAACAGAAUGUAUAAUCAAGCCUCCGUCAUGUGAACGGUUGCAGCUCUUGGAGGAAAGAGCGAGCAGAAGAGAAGAGACAGAGUGGAGGGUGUGUGUGUGUGUGUGAGAGAAAGUGUGUGUGUGUUGGCGGCUGAAAAAUGGAGCAAGUGGAAAGAGACGGAGAAGCGUUCGCCGCUUGGAGCACGAAACGGCGAGCGCGAGCAGCUUUCACGGGAGAUUGCUCGUGUGGCAUAUUCACAGGAUGCCUACCUUAAAGGUCAUGACGCCUACAGCGGAAAUGCUCGCCACAUCCCAGAGCCACCUCCCAUAUGUUACCCACGAGUAGACUGUAAACCCCUUGGGAUGGCUGAGGCGACAGAAAUCACUGCCUCAGGGGGGCUGCAAUCAGAUUUGGGAUACCGUGUGGAGAUACCUGUACCCCCUUCGCCUCCACCGAGGAUCCCAAAGACUCAAACAGCGGUGUGCGUGUGCAACGAAAACGUCCGGACGGUGGUGGUGCCAGCAGAGGUCCACAUGGGUCACAUGGUUCCCGGAGAGUACAGUCACGCGGGUCCCGAUCCUAUGCUGAUGAGAACGAGGUCAUAUCUUCACCCGCGCAAACCUGAUCUGUAUUCUCCAGGUUACCAUGGAGAUUCGUAUGCCGUUCCACCGCCUCGUUAUCAUCCAUCUUCUUCCACCGUUUCUCCGGCUUCCCAGCAAAAUAUUGACUGGCGAACAUAUCAGACUUACAGGGAAUACAUUGACCACAAAGGCCUCCACGCAUACAGUCGGACGAUUCAGGAGCGUUUGGACAGUUUGCGUGCUGCCACGGCUGCUUCACAGACCUCUUCAAACUUUGCGCAGAAAGCCACUUGGGGCAAUAAAAUCCGUCGUAGGAGUACGUCUCACGACCGGUCCUAUCAAGGACCCCCUAUGCUUCCGCCUCGCAGUGCCUCCCAGGAUCGGAUGACCGGGACAGAAAGAGUCUCCCGAGCGCAAGACUGGCCUCCUCGGAGCAUCUCCUCCGACGAGAUCAUCCGGAACGCUCGCUUUCAUUCCACGGACUACAUCGAGCACGGUGAAAUGGCUCCUUGGCCUGUUGAUCGGAGAGGUUACGGCAGGACGGAGCAAGGACCUCGUCCCAAUCGGCAGCCCGUUCCCCAGAGACCUGUGAUGUAUCCGCAUUCCUAUGGAAACAGCGUCCGAGGUAGAUCCGGUCCACAUCAGCUGAGCUGUAGAACGGACAUCCCGCCUCCUGCGGUUUCUUCCGACAGAAUCUUGCGCGUCGGUAAAAAUCAGCCCAAAGAGGCACAGUCAUGUAAAGACCAAAGACUUUUAAGUAAUCACAUUACAGUUUCAGUGGCUAGCCAGCAGUCCAGGACUCGUGCCGAGACGAUGCAAAGUCCAGAACUGGUCAAAGAAGCCUCAGUGGGUCAAAGGUCAACCUCCUGCUCUGUGCCUACACCUCAGAGGCAAGUGCAACCUGGAGCUCCGGGGCAGAGGAUCCACCCGCGGGAUCUGAAGGGAUUAUCGGUGAAUGGGUGCAGUCCGGUGGAAGGUGUAGUGAUGCGAGAAAAACCCCCCACAGGGAAAAGCACACCGCUACGCCAUCCUUCCUACAUCCAGGCGCAGGAGCAUCAAGACUCCCUGUUUAGCUCUGCUAACCUGAACGAAUCGCUCGACUCCAUCCCCUUCAUCGAUGAGCCAGCGAGUCCGAGUGUGGAUCAGGGAGCCAGUCACAUCUCUGCGUCGGCUGUGAUCUCCAUGGCUCAGAGCGCAGCGGCCGACUCUCUCAGCUCCGACACGCCGAGCCCUCACAUGCGCAGACAGCUGUCUCACGACCAGGAAUCUCUCAGAAGUGCUAUUCUGGAGCAAAGUGGAACCAGAACGGAGCGCUCCAAAUCGUAUGAUGAAGGUUUAGACACGUACAUGGAGGAGGGGCGGAGGCGUUCCAGUAAGCCCAGUCUGAAGGUGUUCAGGAAGGCUGUCGAUGGCCAUAAAUCGUCGGAUGACUCCAGUUCCAGGAGAGACUCUUGCUCAGACAUCUUCACCGAUUUCUUUAAGGAGGGCUGGCUACAUUUCCGACAGCUCAACACGGAUAAGAACAAACGUGUGGGUGGAGGAAUGCGGGCGUGGAAGCAGAUGUACGCUGUGUUGCGAGGCCACUCCGUCUUCCUCUAUAAGGACAGAAAGGAGGCUCAUGUGCACUCGCAGCUCGACGACGAGCCGCAGCAGGUGAGCAUCAAAGCCUGCCUCAUCGACAUCUCCUACAGCGACACCAAGCGCAAAAACGUCUUCCGGCUCACCACGUCCGACUGCGAGUACCUGUUCCAGGCCGAGAGUCGCGACGACAUGCUGUCCUGGAUACGAGCCAUUCAGGAGAACAGCAACCUGGAUGACGAGAGCACCGGUGUGACGAGCACCGACCUGAUAAACAGAAAGAUCAAAGAGUACAUCUCUAUGAGUGCUCCUACGAGUAAAACGGAACCUUCACCCAAAGCUUUGCGACAGUCUCUGAGCAUCAAACACACACUGCUGGGGGUCGCGGGGGGCAAGAGUCAGACCACACACUCUCCCAGGAACGAGCAGGAGAGGAGCAGCAAAGACGACUCGAGUCCACCGCGGGACAAAGCCGCCUGGAAGAGAGGGAUUCCGGGGCUGAAGAAAAAGCCGCAGGAGAAAAAGCCCACAGCGGGAGUGACUUUUGGAGUGCGACUGGAAAACUGUCCUCCUGCACACAACAACAGGUUUGUGCCACUGAUAGUGGAGGUGUGCUGUAAGCUGGUGGAGGAGAGGGGGCUGGAGUACACAGGGAUCUACAGAGUCCCCGGGAACAACGCGGCCAUCUCCAGCAUGCAGGAGGAGCUGGAUAUUAAGGGCAUGACCGACAUGGACCUGCACGAUGACAAAUGGCGGGAUCUAAACGUCAUCUCCAGUUUACUCAAAUCUUUCUUCAGGAAGCUACCAGACCCUCUGUUUACCAAUGUGAAGUAUUCCGAUUUUAUCGAAGCUAAUCGAACGGAGGAUGGUGUGGAGCGAUUAAAAGCACUAAAGAGACUGAUCCACGAGCUUCCUGAGCAUCAUUACGAAACCCUGAAGUUCCUGUCUGGCCAUCUAAAGACUGUCUCUGAGAACUGUGAGAAAAACAAGAUGGAGCCACGUAACCUGGCCAUCGUGUUCGGCCCGACGCUGGUCAGAACCUCAGAGGACAACAUGACACACAUGGUCACUCACAUGCCUGAUCAGUACAAGAUCGUGGAAACGCUCAUUCAGCAGUACGACUGGUUCUUCUCGGAAGACGGAGAUGAGGAACCUGUAACGGCUGUGGAGCAGGAGAGCACGGUUCAGUCUCAGCCUGUUCCUAACAUCGAUCACCUGCUGACCAACAUCGGCCGCACCGCUCCCUCACCUGGAGACGUCUCAGAUUCAGCCACCAGUGACUCUGCCAAAUCAAAGCAGGGCUCCUGGGGCUCGGGUAAAGACCAGUACAGCAGAGAGCUGCUGCGCUCGUCCAUCUUCGCCAGCCGCAAGCGCAAAAAACCCAAAGACAAACCUCAGAUGAGCAGCUCGGAGGACGACCUGGACUCCAGCUUCUCCAAGAAAGAGAUUCAGGACGAGAGCGAGCCGAACGAUGAGCGGAACGAGGAGGUUGAGAGAGAGGCAGGAGUCUGCGAUCGUCUAGAGAAGUCUGAUGAUGCUGACCGGAGAUCGGAAAAGAGCAUCGUCAAUGUUCCAACAGAAUUUAAAUCCGACAUCCUGCCUCUGAAACCACUGCAGUUCGAUAAAUCCAACGAGUCUCCGAAAAAACACCGAGUGCUGAGAGAGAGAGAAGUGGUGCGUCUGAAUUCGCUCUCGGACCCGCCGUCGACCUCGUACGAUGAGGGCUGCGUUUCCGAUUUGGGAACGCUGAACAGCACGAGCUCUCAGGCGUCCGGCCCCAGAAUCCGGCGGGGCAGAAUUCCGGGUCCCUGGAUGGAGAAUGCAGGAGCGGAGGUGUGCUCCAUCACGUCGGAUUACUCCACCACGUCGUCCAUGACGUUCCUGACGGGGAUCGAGUCUACUGCGCUGAGUCCGGCUCACGACGCCGAUGACGAGAGGAGCGAGCUUAUCAGCGAAGGCAGAAACAUCGAUUCGGACAGCGAGAGCAACUUAUCUGUGUUCGCGCUCACCAGAGACGACGGCGCGUCCGAAGACGUUUUAUCUGUGCGAGAAGAAGGCGGAGACGCGCCUUUUCAGAACUCCCCCAGUCUUCUGGUGUCGCAGCGCAUCGUCGCGGGCGACACGUUAGCACGAAAGAGAGGAAGCCGACAAAAAACAGACAGCGAGUCUUCGACGGACGGUGGGCGUAGCGAUAAAGAGUCGAGGAUUUCAAAAAUGCUGGAUGUCGUCAAGGGGAAAAACAGCAGCAACGAAAACGACCCCAUCUGGCGAAUCAAAAUCACCGAUCGCCUCAAGUGUCGUCUCCGUUCCUCCGCUGAUGACAUGUUCGGUGUCGGAUCGCAGCGCACCAGAUCUCCCGAGACGCGCAGCAAACGCAAGACCAACAUACGGCGCCGCCACACGAUGGGCGGCCAGAGAGACUUUGCGGAACUGUCCGUCAUCACCGGGGCCGAGCUCUCCGCCAUGGAUCGCUUAAAACCCAAGUGCAGCUCGCAGGACUUUUCCAUUGCCGACUGGCUCGUCAGAGAGCGGCAUCGCGCAAGCAACCCGGAAGUCAGCCUGGAAAACUCGGACCUGUUCUCCGCCGGGGCCUCGGGGUCCAGUUCGGGAAUGUUAAACGGAGAAGCAGUGGCUCAGCUCAAAAGCUUCAGCUUGGCCUCCGAUGCUCAUCCACACAAACUGUCCGGGGCGCAGGUGGUGCGCUCGCGUUUUUAUCAAUACCUGUGAACGGAUGGAUAGAAUUCUGAUAGACUGAAGCGUGUGUGAGUGUAAGGUACUUAAAACAAUGAGUUAUUUUUUUAUACGUGAUUUAAAAAAAGUGAAGAAGGACGGUACUGACGCAGGUUUCUGACAGUCAGGAAGAGGAGGGUGACGGAUGACUGCUGGUGGUGAUGAUGGUCGGGGGGGAGGGGGGUAAACAGGCGACGUUAUGUUCUCAAACGAAGUGGUCAUGAACGUGAUUUUUGAAAAGUUUUUAAGACGACUUGUUCUCGCAAGUGUAAGAAGGUCUCAACUCAACCAAAAUGAAGAAUGUAUCUAAUCUGCUUGCUGUAACGCUUAAUUUGUGCUAUUUCUCAUCUUUUGUUUGUACAUAGCCCCUUUGUUUUAAUGUACUUGAAAAGAUUUUUCCAUUAUUCGAAUUUGUCUAGCGCUACUUGUGUAGCGUGGUGGUUUUUUAAAAUGUGUAUAAUUAAGGCCUCUCUGAUGCAGCUGCUUAUCUAUUGUCAUACGACCAUCAAAAAAAAAAAAAAAAAGAAAAAGAUGAAAUGAAGAAAAAUUUGGGAUAACAAUAAAAUUUAGGAACUCCUUUCCAUCAGUAAAUACCCGUAUCAUGCAAUAUCAGCCUGAGCCGCUGGACUGGUGCUGGUACUGGUAUUUCAUUUCCGAUCAGAUCCAGCAGAGGGCACUGGUUAGUCUUUUAAAGUGAUACUCCACCAUUUUUUAGCGUAAUCUCUAUCCGCUGUGUGCGUCCGAGUCCAACAAUUUUAAAACGUUUCCCUGCAUCGAGAAAUGAAUCAAAAAUCAUUUUACUCCAAACUCCCUUGUAACGGAAGCGUAAGGGCAGAUGUUGAAUCAUCAGUAAAUGUUUAAAGUGUGUGAGAAUUCAGUCUGCUGUUCCGGAGUUUUAUCACUACGGUGAAAAGUAGCUGGUUGCUUUGAGCUUUCCUGAAAGUUUAACAGUUUUAAUACGCCAUCACAAGCGACAGCGGCAGAGAUUAUUGUUCAUGUUCACCUGACGCGGGCCUGACACGGGCCUGACACGGGCCUGACACGGGCCUGACACGGGCCUGACGCGGAGCCGCGAUUACAGCCUCAAACAUUUUCAUUGUAUGACGUUACAAAAGUGUGACAUGACCACGUGACAAAUCCAAACGUUUGGCUUGGACGACUGGAUGCGUGUGUUGCGACGUUUCUUCAGUUUCCCGCUCUGUCAUUGAGUGUGUAUAGAGACACUACAAAGAAAAAUAAAGCUUGGAAGGAAGAAGCAGAGAUCGUUGGUGCUUCUGGUGAGUCUUCAUAGCUAGUACACUUAGCUCGCUUUGCGACUCUGAUCUGAGAACGAAGCUAGAACGAAGCCAAGCAAGCAAAGUAAACCGAACAACCGCUUUUCACACUGAUUAGCACGUUCUGCAACUUGUGAAUAAACAGCUAGCUUUAUUAUAUAAUACCAUGCUACAGUGCAAUAAAAAAAGAAAAUGGACAGGCCAUGCCCACAACUGACAAACUGAAUACAAAGUGAUGUAUUUGUACAGAUUUAAAGCUGAAUAUUUAAUGAAAAUGUUCCUAGGAAAAUGUUUUGCGUGUUGUUUUUAAACGACGUUAAAAAGUUUGAUGCGCGAGUUUAAGUUUGGAGUAAAACAGAUCUUUGGUUCUUUUCUCGUUAUACGGAAACGUGACAAUUCUCAUGUUUUAGAGAUGAAAUAAAACCUCAGCGUGUUAAUGUUUAGUGUUGAGAACGUGUCUUUUCAGCGCGGCACGUGUGUACCCGGGUGACGGAGGUGCGCCGUGUGGAACUCGUGCCAUAUGUCCUUCUGAAACACACUACAGCGUACUGUGAAGAGAAAGUGUUCCCCACGUCAAGAGAACACACUACACACAUCUGUUUCUUUUCUUGCAUUCCACUUCGGUCUUAACACUUUUUUUUUCUUUUUUUUUUUUUUUUCUUUUUUUUUUUAAAAGAACAUUUUCAUUUCAUUUGUGUAAAAUAAUUUAAAUGUGCAUACGUGUUGCGGCACGUCUCUCUCGUCACGUCAGGUUCCAGUUCUGGAAGUGGUGUAUAAUACAGGCGUGUAGAUAGCGGGACCGACGGACUGGACUGGACUGGACCAUGUGCAUCAUCUCCAGGGGAGAGUGUGUGUGUGUUUGUGUGUGUGUGUGUGUGUGUGUGUGUGUGUGAGAGAGAGAGAGAGAGAGGUCUUGUUUUUUUCUAUCAUGCCCUGUCCGCUACAUACGUGGACAAACAAAACACUGGAAAAAAAAUAAACGCUUUAUGUCUGACCAGGAAA